UCGACGGGACACUUCGCCUGCUCUCCCCCACCAAAAAGAGGCGCCAAAAGCACUCACUUGGCAAAUAUCACACGAAUAUAGCUCAGCCAGCACGAAAGUGUUUGCCAAAAUAAAGAUUAUUGUAUUGAUACAGUGCUCUAUAAGUAAACAUAAAUAACAACAGCAAACACUCAGUGAGAGCCCCCGAUCGGUGAGCAAGCCGGAGAAUACCGACCGAUCGUGUUGCAAGAGAGGCAGGAGAGCGGGAACAGGAAGAGCCGGCUGUCGGCUUCAGUCUUCGCGCCCUCGACCCCUCGAACACCCCUUGAUUUUUGUGUCGCGAGUGCCACAGUUGAGCAAACUACAAAACUACAGAAACACACACGCCACACACGCCAGGUGUCCUGGUCGAUUCUUCUGCUCGUUAGUUACCCCCUCGGUUUUUGUUUUGCUGCAUUCAUUCGCAUUGUCCUUUGCACUGAGUAGUCCUUAGGAAAACAGCAAUCCGAAACAGCUGCUUAACCAAACUUUGCCAAAUGACCCUUCUUUGGAUCAUCGAAAUCGUUUAGUUGCUCUCAAUCUGGCGUAAAACCAAAAUUACCCUCUGGAAUCUACAGCCAAAGUUGCGAGGAUGUCCGCAAUUAACAGUCGAAAUCAGAAAAUGGAACAACAGCGCCAGCUGAUGGAGGCCUACAUCCGGCAGAAGAGGGCCUCGCCGGGCAUGGUGCAGGCCAGUGAUCUGCAGAUCAACCGGCCGAUGUCCGGCAUGCGGAGCAACAGCCGGGAGCUGCACGCCUACGAUGGUCCGAUGCAGUUCAUCAGCUCACCCCAGAAUCCCGACCAGAUACUGACCAACGGCAGUCCCGGAGGCAUCGCUCCGGUUGCCAUCAACACCACACGCAACCACUCGAACAACAUGCGCAGCCUGAGCACCAUCAACCAGGAGGCUGAUCUUAUAGAGGAGAUCUCAUCGCACGAGCUGGAGGACGAGGAGAGCAGUCCGGUGACCGUGAUUGAGCAGCAGCAGCCAGCCUCCCACAGCGCCAACUCGACGCAGUCGCAGAAGCCGCAUGCCCGCCAGCACUCCUUCAGCGACAACCUGGACGAGGACGACUACACCAACCGCAAUGUGGCCGGAGCAGCGCCAGUGCGUCCCGCCGGAAUGGCCUCGUCGCCGUACAAGGAUGCGACGCUGGACGGCAGCACCAAUGGAACGGGGAACGGGACUGGCGGCGAGUCGGAGGGGGAUGUCAUCGGGAACAUCGACCAGUUCGUGAUGCAGCCAGCACCGCAGGGAGUGCUCUACAAGUGCCGCAUCACCCGGGAUCGCAAGGGCAUGGACCGGGGCCUCUUCCCCAUAUACUACUUGCACCUGGAGCGGGACUACGGCAAGAAGAUAUUCCUGCUGGGCGGUCGCAAGCGCAAGAAGAGCAAGACAUCCAACUACAUAGUCAGUUGCGAUCCCACGGACUUGUCCCGCAAUGCCGAUGGCUUCUGCGGCAAGCUCCGCUCGAAUGUGUUUGGCACGUCCUUCACCGUCUUUGACAAUGGCAACAAGGAGAGCACGGAGAGUCCCAGGCUCGACCUGGCCGUAAUCAUUUACGACACCAACAUACUGGGAUUCAAGGGACCUCGCAACAUGACUGUAAUACUGCCGGGCAUGACUGAGGAUGAUCAGCGUGUCAAGAUCAGUUCAGCGGAUCCCAAGCAGCAGGGCAUUCUCGACCUGUGGAAGAUGAAGAACAUGGAUAACAUCGUGGAGCUGCAUAACAAGACGCCGGUGUGGAACGACGAAACGCAGUCGUAUGUGCUCAACUUCCACGGACGCGUCACCCAGGCGUCGGUGAAGAACUUUCAGCUGGUCCACGACUCCGACCCCGAGUACAUUGUGAUGCAGUUCGGUCGCACCUCGGAGGACGUCUUCACCAUGGACUAUCGCUACCCCCUGUGCGCCAUGCAGGCCUUUGCCAUAGCCCUCAGCAGUUUCGAUGGCAAAAUAGCCUGCGAGUGAGCUGGCUUGGUCCCCGGCCUGGCCCGCUGCCUUAUGUACAGCUAUAUCUCUGGAGAUCAGUCAGAUCGUUCUUGCGAAUAGUAUCGAAAAUCUAGUCAGGCGAGGAAGAUUGUCGGGAUUGGUGGAACAUCGUUGAUAUAGGAUAUGUAGUAGCUACCAUUAUAUGUCAUUUAGUCAGAAUGUGCUCACCGAUUUUAUAGGAACAAGACCCAAACUUUGUAAAUCUUAAUGUGCCCCCUAACUUGGUAUAAGUUCACUUGUAAGCGAAUCGAGGUAGAUAUCAUUUAAGUUAAAUAUCAAUUUUAUAAUCGGCAUAUAGCAGAAAAUCAAGGAAUGUAAACUAAUUAAAAGGCGACUACUAUUUGUCUGUUAGAUAUUACUACCUACUUGUGUUAAGCUCUAAAUACAGCCAUAAAUAAAAA